AUGCCAUUCCACCAUGUCACGGCUGGGCUGUUGUACAAGGGGAACUAUCUGAACCGGUCACUCUCAGCUGGCAGUGACAGUGAGCAGUUGGCCAACAUCUCAGUGGAAGAGUUGGACGAAAUCCGUGAAGCUUUCCGGGUACUGGAUCGCGAUGGCAAUGGCUUCAUUUCCAAACAAGAGCUGGGGAUGGCGAUGCGCUCCUUGGGAUACAUGCCUAGCGAGGUGGAACUGGCAAUUAUCAUGCAGCGCCUUGACAUGGAUGGGGAUGGUCAAGUUGAUUUUGACGAAUUCAUGACAAUCCUUGGACCAAAACUGGUGUCAUCAGAAGGACGGGAUGGUUUUCUGGGGAAUACAAUUGACAGCAUAUUCUGGCAGUUUGACAUGCAGCGGAUAACUCUGGAGGAGCUGAAACAUAUACUGUACCAUGCGUUCCAAGACCACUUAACAAUGAAAGAUAUUGAAAACAUCAUCAUCACUGAGGAAGAGAGCUUAAAUGAGAACACUGGCAACUGUCAAACAGAUUUUGAAGUGCACUCUCAAAAACAAAACCGACAGACUUGUGUACGGAAAAGCUUAAUAUGCGCUUUUGCUAUGGCCUUUAUUAUCAGUGUCAUGUUGAUUGCAGCCAACCAGAUCCUCCGAAGUGGCAUGGAGUAGCCAUAUAACACUGUGAAACACAAAAUGAUCCACGCAUGCGCAUGCUGUCCGGUGAACUUUCUCCCUGGUCAACUUUACAAACAAAUGGGGAAAACAAGAGCAGAGACAGAAUGGCCGAUGGAUAAGGACAGGCGGUUCGAUAGAGAACCCCAGGCCAGCAGCGUACCU